AUGCGAAUCUACCACUCCGAGAAGGACAUCACGAUACCGCAGGACCUCAACCUCACCCAGCUUCUCAACAACAGCAAAUACGAACCAAGCACCAUCAUAGCGCAAGACGACUUCAACCGCACACUCACCAUCCAGCAACUCAAGUCCACAGCUGGUCGCCUCGCCGCCGGGCUCACAGAUGCCUUCCACCCUCGCGAUCAGAGCCGAUGGGCCGUGAUCCUGCCCAACAGCGUCGCCUACCUCGAGUGCUGCCACGCCGUACUCUGGCUCGGAGGCGUCUUCUGCCCGAUCAACCACCUGCUCACUCCGCACGAACUAGGCAACGCCCUCGCGAUCUGCCAACCGGAAUACAUUACCGUCUCCUCCGACACUCUUCCCAGACUUCAGGAGGGCAUUACGCUCGCACUGACACAGCAGUCCAGCUAUGCCGCUCCCCAAAUCAUCAUCGGCCUCGGCGACAGCACCACCCACCCCAAAAUCGAAUCCUUCCUCGCCAAUGAUCCUUUAGCUGUACCCGUGUACCCCAACACUCGCCAACGCCUCGCCUCAAUCCACCUCUCCAGCGGCACGACCGGCUCCUCCAAAGGCGUCGCCCUCUCACACUACAACUACGUCGCCAACGUCCUGCAAAUGCUCGCCCACGACCCAGCACGCUUCUCGCCUUCCGCCCGCAGCCACGCAGCUCAGCGCGAACGAGUUGUCAGCUUCACGCCGUACGUGCAUAUCGCCAAUACCACGAUACCGUUGUUUCUCGGGCCAUUGGUGGGGAUGUGCCACUUCAUCAUGGCCAAGUUCGAGCUGGAGGCGCUGUGUAGGAUUGUGGAGAGGGAGAAGGCGACUGCGAUGCAGUGUACGCCCGCGAUUGCUGUUGCUAUCGCGGACACCAACUUGUGCGAGCGGUACGAUUUGAGCAGCGUGCAAAGGAUGGUGGUCGGCGGACUGCCGCUUCCAAAGGAGAUCUAUGAUCGGUUCAUGAGUAAAGGUCAAUGGAAGACUGUACAGCUGUACGGCAUGACGGAGGCGGCGCCGUAUGUGACAUGGCAGACUGUGUCCGAGACGCUGCCGAUUCGCGGCCAGUUGGGGAAGAUCUUGCCGGGGAUGUCGGCGCGGUUAGUUGACGCAGACACGGGCAAAGAUGCAGCGGAGGGAGAAGCCGGCGAGCUGUGGAUCAAGGGCCCGAACGUUGUGGCUGGGUAUGUGGACAACCCGACCGCGACGGCGGCUGCGUUCCGGGAAGGAGGGUGGUAUAAUACGGGCGAUGUCUGCACGUUCUCGCCGGAGGGGUAUUUGACGGUGGUCGGCAGGACGAAGGAGCUGAUCAAGUCUUCUGGCUUCCAGGUUGCGCCAACGGAGUUGGAAGGGUAUCUCAACGGGCAUCCACUGAUUGCGGACGUGGCGGUGGGUGCGAGCGUUGAUAAGCAGCGGAUGACUGAAGUGCCGACUGCGUUUGUAGUUUUGAAGGCGAGCAUAACGGACAAGGCAGCGAAAGUAAGAGCAUUGAAGGAGAUUCAACGUAGCCUGGACGGGAAGGUCAGUGGAUACAAGAAGCUGAAAGGUGGGGUUUGGGAGGUGAAGAGUCUGCCGCGCACGAGCACGGGGAAGUUCACGCGGAAGCGGCUUGGGGAGGCGAAGACGGGGUUGAGCUCGUUCGAUGCUGUUGAUGCGGAGAAGGCGAAGCUGUGA